GGCCAUAUCAAUUAGGUGCUGGCCGCAUGAAAAUGGCAACACUUACCACACCUAGCAGCGCCACGGCGCGUCUUACAGCCACUCGGCCGCAAGCUAAGGUCGCGGCUGGUAGCAUCUCCAGCCUGCGCAUUCGCCCAUUUACCCAUGCAACUCGCAGCGUGAUCGGCGCAUCUAGGCAGCAAGUUAUUGUGCGCGUCGCAGAGCCUGAGGCCGCUACCGCUGUGGAGGAGGAGUUCAGCUUCAGCCUCUCAGACGCAAAGAAGGGCAACACAUAUGAUUCCAGUGAUGUGGAGGCUGCCAUUCGCCAUUUUGAGGGCGAGGGCGAGGCGCCAGGCGGUGUAAACAGCGAAUUUGUGGAGAAUGUCUUCGGUGUUGAGGACGCUUCCUUUUUCGACGACAUAGACAACAACGAGGGCUAUGACAACGAGUUUGUUGCUGCUGGUAUCCCUGAGGCUGCUCCCAAGGAGCGCCAGGGCCGCCAGGGCCGCGGCGGCCCUGAAGAUGCUGAGGGCGAGGGUGGAGACAGCGACGAAAUCAUCGCCGCUAAGGAGGCUAACAAGUUCAAGCAAAUUGAGGAGCAGAUGGUUCUGGAGGCCGAGCUUCAGGAGACGGGCUUGGAUCAGGAGGUUGAGCGCACUCAAAAGGCUGUGGGUCCGGCCGUUUGGGAUUGGAUGUCCGACGUCCAAGCCGACGACGAUGACGAGGAGGUCAACGCAGUUGCUUCUAAGAGCGUACGCAGCAUGUCAGAGGCUGUUCUGGCAGCGCUCCCUACCGAUGAGGAGGUGUUCUAUGACCUCCGCAAUGCCAACAUUCAGGACCUGGACGCUGAUACGCGCGAUACCAUCGACUUCCUGCUGGAUGACUUUGACCUUGAGAAUGAGCUGAAGGCCGUGCCUGAGAACCCGGCCGAGGUUUACGAUGUGCCGGAAUUUACGGCCCUUGAGGAUGGCGACGUGGAGCGCAUCGACGCGCUGCUCAACCAGGAUCUGUCUUUGCCGGAGCUGGACACCGCUGGCCUUGAGGAUGUGCCUGUCAUCCAGGACGACGGGCUGGAGAUGUCGAAGGCGGCCGUGGAUAAGUAUGUGGCCAGCCUGAAGGAGGCUCAGGGCGUGGAGCUGUCAGAUGAGCAGGUCAAGGAGAUCUUUGCCGACGAGCCCCUCCAGCAGGUCGACGUCGACUCCGAGCCACCCGUCUCCCUCGACGACGUGGACCUGGCGGCCGCGGAUGCGCCGCUGCCCCCCCACCUCCUCCUCUCCGACGCCGACCUCACCCUGCAGGCCGUGGAGGACAGCCUGGCCGACUACGACGACCUCGAGGAGUUCCGCGCGGAGCUGGUGGCGCUGCGCGGCAUGCCGGAGGCGGACCUGGAGGCGCCGCCGCCGGAGGAGCUGGAGGUGCUGGAUCAGUACCUGGACGCCACGGAGAACUUCAUUGAGGCGGAGGAGGCGCGCAAGGCGGCCAUUGCGGGGCAGGUGGCGCGCGGGGAGCUGUCGCCGGAGGCGUUGGAGGCGGCUCUGGGGGAUGAUGAGGAGGGCGAGUGGGCGGAUGUGGAGACGGAGCUGCUGAUGCCGGAUGGGUUUGACGACGAGGAGGAGGGGGCGGGGUAUGAUGGGGAGGAGGACGAUGGAGAGAACUGGCAGGAGCGCAUUCUGGAGCUCAAGCGCGUGACCAAGGUUGUCAAGGGCGGCAAGCUGAUGGGAUUCCGCUGCACCGCGGUGGUUGGCAACGGCAACGGGCUGGUGGGUGUGGGCUGCCAGGCGGGCCGCGAGGUGGCCACUGCGGUGCGCCGCGCGCUGGUGGACGCCAAGAAGAACGUCGUGCGGGUUCCCCUGGUUGGCGCCGGCACCGUCCCGCACCGCGUGGAGGCCAAGUUCAACGCGGCCCGCUGUGUGGUGCUGCCCGCUGCUGACGGCACGGGUGUGCUGGCGGGCAGCUCCAUCCGCAGCGUGCUGGAGCUGGCGGGCGUGCAGAACGUGCUGGCCAAGCGGCUGGGCUGCCGCAGCCUGCUGAACAACGCGCGGUGCGCGGUGGCGGCGCUGGAGCAGCUGCGCACGCUGCAGGAGGUGUCGCGGAGCCGCGGAGUGCCCAUGGAGCGGCUGCUGCUGCCGGCCAGGCAGUGAGGGCCGGCAGGGGGAGCAAGAGGGGGGUAUGAGAGGGUGGACAGGGAGAGAUGGAUAGGAGGUGGACAAAGGAGGGAGGUGGAGUCGAGAGAGUUGAAAGGCGCAGGUAGGGGGUGGAGAGAGUAGUAAGGGAGGAUGUGUAGGUGUUCGGAGCAUUGUGAGAAAGGAUUGAGGCGAAGAUGAGCGAGAGAUGGGGAAGGGGAAGGGGCGGGAACGAGAUCCUGCCACCCAGGCCUGCUGCUUGGGGCUCUGUGCAUUGAUAGGAAAAGGAGGACGGAGAAGCGGAGAAGAGAGAGGCAUAUACCGUUUUUUAGGUCUGUACCGUUCGGAUCUGGGCUUGUAGCGGUCGCGGAUCAACGUUCCAGGUUGUUGAUCUGCGCAUGUAGGCGUGAAAUCUGUGUAGCCUGAUAGUAUCUGUGUAGCAAGUGCCCCGAUAACACUGCUCGUGUGCAGUGUUUUCAUAGGCAGCGCCAAAAGGCAUUUCCCUGCCGGUCACUCGGGUAUCGUGGCCGUUUUUCUCAAUCGGGGAGCCUUCGGACGGCGUUAUGAGAGGCAUCAGCUUUGUAUGAGCCGCGAUGUGUGUGUGUGCUGCUUAGGGGGCGGUCGUCUGCUUCUGACUCCGCCACCGGUUGGGGACUCGCGGCAGGUUAGCGGGCAGGCUAGCACCCUCUACCAGUCUCACCGGCGGGGGCAAGGAGGGUGGCGCAACUCGGCAGUGGGCCUGGUUGCAGUGGUGGUGGGUGUUGGGAGACAUGCGGGGCGAUGGGUCGACCGCUAGAACGUGGGGGCUGUACGGGUGCGGUGAGGUUGGCAGCCAGAGGAAUGGAACGAUGCAUCGGGAAGCAGGCGGUGUCGGUGACAGCAACGGUUAACAGGAGGUGUGCGUGGAGGGGUUCACGUAGCAGUGGGCCCUUGCCUUGUAGCACGGUUCACGAGGUGAAAUCCGGUGACGUUAUGACUAUGAAUAGCGCUGCCCUCCCUCACUGGCAAUUUUGUCUUCUGUUUCCAUGUGCCGUGAGGUGGGGGUCAGGGCUGAGGGGGA